CAGAAAAUCCCGGGGGGCCGAAUUUAAUACCCGAAACACCCUUCUCACAUUCCAGAAAUUCCCAAGCUCUCUCUCUCGUACAAAGCCAGUUCCAUCGCACAAUAACAAUUCUUCCUCCUCUCCUCCAAACUGAGAGAGAGAGAGCGCGAUCAAGUUUGACUGUGUUUCUUCCAGAGAGCGUUGCGGACGCUAGAAGGAUUCAAAGAGGAGCGAUUUUUGAUUGGGGAUUUGGUAAUUCGGGAAUUUGGGAGCAAGGAACGGGUAGUUGGGCAAUUUGAAUUAGGGGUUUUGAGGAAUUGAUUGGUUAGGGGGUGACAUAGCCACAUAGGGCAGUGCAUGUGGUUUCCGAUGUGGUAUUUGUAAUACUGUUUGGUGAUGUGAGUGAAGUUGUAUGUGGUUGAAGUCUAGGGUUUGUGGUUGCUGGGUAGGACUUUUCCAACAGUGGUGAGUGUGGUUUUUUCAAUGGGGAGCACGGGUGAGCAUGACCGGAAACGGCGUCACUUUAGCUCCAUCUCGCCCACAGCAGCUGAAGCUGCAAAGAAACAGUCUUUUGCGCCAAUCUCUGAGGAAAAGAAGCUUGAUGCUGCUGUCCUUCAAUUCCAAAACCAGAAGCUUUUUCAGAAGCUAGAAGCUCAGAAGGUUGAGUAUUCUGCACUGGAGAGUAAGUUAUCUCAAAUAAAGGAACGACAGCAGCCAUACGAAUCCACACUGGAAGUUGUCGAUAAAUCGUGGAAAGCGCUGGUUACUGACUUAGAAAUGUCUUCUAUCCGCACCAGAGAGUCAAACAGUGGACAAGAUGUUAAACAUAUAUUGAUAACAGAUGAUGGAGCGUCAUCUCCCUUCAAGGAUGCUUUUCUUCACCGACUCUGUGAAACUGGUGCAACAGAGAGUUCGUCUACAAAUAUUUGCCCAAAUCGAAUGGAAGAAGAUGACGGAACUAGUUGUGAAAAGAUUAACAACGUUUUAGGAAAUAUAGUAACUGCCAUUGACAACCUUUGGAAUUGGAGGAAUGGAUUGCGUUCUGCGGUUCUUAAAGAGCUUCCAGAAGAUUAUAGGAGUUCAUGCAAGCAAAAGACUUCUUGUGAUUUAGAGAUUGAAGUGAAGAGCCUGAGGUCAGUGCUAAGUGACCUUCAUUUGAAGCACAAAUCAUUAGCAAGGGAGUUGCAGAGCCAUCGAGACAUAGAUGCAAGGAAUAAAAAAGAGCUCAAGCGUUUAAAAGGGGAAUUGGGGAGCAUGGUUGCGAAAUUGGAAGAUAGUAAUCGCAAGCUGGGAGCUCUUAAAGCAGAGAGAGAUGCGACCAAAGGGGCAUUUUUUCCUGUCUUAAACUCGGGCAGUAAACAUGUUGCUAAUGAUAGAGUUAGAGAUAAGCAGAAAGAUAUGCGAGACAUGGAGUGUGCACUGAAAGAGCUAUCAGACCAAGCUGCUUCUCGACUAUUGGAGUUGAAAGGGCUUCAUGAAGAAAGGAUAAAGAUAUUGCAGCAUUUAUCAGAUUUGCGGAACAAGUUGAAGAGUGUGAAGUCUAUUUCCUCUUCCCAAGCCUACCUCUUGGUCAAAGGUCAACUAGAAAAGUCAAGAUCGGAAGUUUUGCAGUAUCAGGCAUUAUUCGAGAAACUACAGGCUGAAAAGGAUAGCCUUGCGUGGAAGGAAAAAGAAUUGCUUAUAAAAAGUGACUUGGUUGAUGUUUCAAUAAGCUCUUCUGCGGUUGCUGAUUCUAGAAUUUCCGAGCUAGAGGUAGAGAUAGAGAAACAAAUUAGUGAACGAAAUAGGAUUCAAUCGAAGUUGGAGGAGGCAUCAAGGGAACCAGGAAGAAAAGAAAUAAUUGCUGAAUUUAAAGCUUUGCUUUCAUCUUUUCCUGAGGAAAUGGGAACUAUGCAAAGUCAACUUAGUAAAUUCAAGGAAUCUACUUCUGAUAUACAUUCUUUGCGUGCUGAUGUGAAGUCUCUUUCUGCUGUCCUUGAUAGGAAGGUGAAAGAGUGUGAACAUUUAUCUUUGAGAUCUGCUCACCAAGGUUCUGAGAUACGAAAAUUACAAGCUGUGGCCCAAGACUUGAAGGAAAGUGAUCUGGAGUUGAAGCUGAUAUUGGAAAUGUAUAGACGUGAAUCCUCUGAUCCAAGGGAUGUCCUGCAAGCUAGGGAUUCAGAAUACAAGGCGUGGGCUCAUGUUCAAAGUUUUAAAUCCUCUCUUGAUGAGCAGAACCUGGAGUUACGAGUUAAGACUGCUAAUGAGGCUGAAGCAGUAUCACAACAAAGGCUAGCUGCUGCUGAAGCUGAAAUUGCAGACUUGAGACAGAAGUUGGAAGGUUCUAAAAGGAAUAUGUCUAAACUUUCGGAUGCUGUGAAAUCCAAAAAUGAAGAAAAUGAAGCCUACUUAUCUGAGAUUGAGACAAUUGGACAGGCUUAUGAUGAUAUGCAGUCUCAAAACCAACAACUAUUGCAGCAAAUUACCGAGAGAGAUGACUAUAACAUCAAGCUUGUUUUGGAAGGGGUGCGGACAAGGCAGCAGCAAGAUGCUCUACUUAUGGAUAAAAGAAAGAUGAAUAGUGAGAUUCAGCUAGUGAAUGGAUCAAUUGAUUUCUAUCACAUGAAAACUGCUAGAAUUGAAGAUCAGUUGAGAAUUUGCUCAGACCAAAUUCAGAGACUUGGGGAAGACAGGCUUCAAAAAUCUUCCAUUCUGGAAAAUACACAGAAGAGAUUGCUAGAUGUUAGGACAUCAUCUAAUCAGUUGAGAGAGAAUAUGGAGGAAUCUCAGUCUAAGGUUGAAAGAAGUCGAACAGCUCUCUUAGAGCUGCAGGUAGAACUAGACAGAGAAAGGUUUAACAAGAGAAGAAUAGAAGAGGAAUUGGAGGUUGCUAGGAGAAAGCUUUCACGACUUAGAGUACAGAUAGAGGGUUCGUCUACUUUACAGAAGCUUCGACAGGAACUUAGAGAAUACAAGGAAAUACUAAAGUGUAGCAUCUGCCUUGAUAGGCCAAAAGAGGUUGUUAUCACAAAGUGCUACCAUUUGUUCUGCAAUCCAUGCAUACAUAGAAUCAUUGGAAGUCGUCACCGCAAGUGUCCGGCAUGUUCUGCAAGUUUUGGGCCGAAUGAUGUCAAGCCUGUAUAUAUCUGAUGGAAAGGAGGAAACUUUGUUCUCUCCUGUUAUUUGUGGAUAUGUCAUUUAUCAGCUAUUGGACUUGCAGCUUAUGGCUGAAGGCUUUUGCAUAAAUAUGCCCACAGGUGCAUCUUAUAGUGUUGUCGCAGAAAGAGAACAGAAACGCUGGUUCCCUUAUCUUAUUUGUGAAAAUCAGCUUAGAUUUGUUGUAGGUUGUUGAUUGGGCUGAAAUUAUUUAUUUUGACAGUUUUACAGGAGUAGCCAUAACAUUUGUUUUGUUAUUUUUACUGCUUGGAGCCUCUCCGAUUUUUCAAUUGAUUUCAGAAUUGAUGAAAUACUACUAUUCCCAAAGACCCUGAACAUUGCAUGACCCAUGUAAUGAACAAAGCUAAUGGUGCCAAGCCUCAGAAAUAGCAUGCUGAAGUUGGCUCCAAUACCUCAUGUGCAUUCAACUCCAUCGCCCUGGAGAAAAGCUGGAGAGGUAACACAGUAUUUCCAGUCCUCUGAUUUGAGCUUGUUAAAUGUUAGGAACUUAACAACGUGCAUCUUCUUGUAGUUUUAUCUUUUGAUGCUCAGCUGUGCGGUUGUAGGCUGCUGAUGUAAAUUUUGUAGUAUUGAAUUGUUACUUAUUUCUUACAGUUGAUUUUUUUUCCCCCUUGAGGAGUCUGGGUUGAGUAUAAUUAUCUGGUGAGCCCACCUUUGGAA